GCCACGGCGCGCGAGACUCCCCUGCUCGAGCUGUGUGCUCAGUGCUGUGUGCGAGCGCCUUCAUGACAGUCUCGCGCGCCGGUUUAACGGCAUUUUAACAGAUUUUUGCGCACCGGAGCGGAUAUAUUUCCUCCAAAUCACUAUUUUGCCCAAGACCCUAAAAUACCGAUAUCCACUGGCCUUAUGGUAUAAAUCAUUAAAACAGUUUGGUCCAGAAUGCCACCAGCCCUCAAGAAGACUUCAGAGAAAGACGGUCUGAUUCACAUUUCAUCUCCACUUUUAACCCGAGACCCGGAUUUCAGCAAAGAACUGGAUCCUGAGAUUAACCUCACAGACGACAGCUAUGCCAGGUCUUGGUUGAAUCUAUCCUCCUUGUCUUUUCUAGACUCCUGUGGCAUGAAAAGUUCUCUAGACCUACCAGAUUUGCCCCUGGAUCACAACUCGGCAUUUUAUAAAAUUGACCUCCAGUCAAGUUUGGAAUCUUUGCUCGGCUGUGCGUCCAUGGACGAAAGUGGUGCAGAUUUUCCGUUGCUUCAGGACGACUCCAGGUUUGAAGAACAAACAGUGGUGGAAGAGCAGUCUAGAAAUGUUUUAAAAGAACAUCAGGCAAACUUAAGGCAAACUUUGACACCUCUGCAGUAUAUUGAAAGAGAAAGCAAACUUCUUUCUUCAGGAAGAUCAAGCAGAAUCAUAAACAAAAGCCAGAGCCAUGCUUUAACACCAGCCUGGCACUCGGGAUCUCACAUUUCAGCGCAGGAGGAAGUGGACGCUCGGAGAAUGCGACUCGCUUCUCAACAACGUGCAUUAGCAACUCGCAUCGAUCAAGCGAAACUAAGGCUUCACGCACUGCUGGGUGAAAAUACCGUGCAGGUCUUAAACGAGCAGUUAGAAGUGAUGAGAUGGAGAGAACUUUCAAUGAUGUCCACUAAACCGAAAACCGAACCUGGAUCACUCAGUCCUGCAGAAAACACAUGUGCUAAUGUUUCAGGGGUUCAUGAAGAACCUGAGAGUUUUCCCAAUUACUCUACACAGCACACAGUUUUAAAGUUACAUGAUUCAGGAGUGGAGCAGAGAAGCUGUGACCUCAGUGCUUCUUCUAAAUGCUUAUUGAUAGAGAAAAGCUCUGAGAGUGUGCAGUUUAUAAAAGAUGUGCAAAGUUUAACAUGGUGUGGACGGGCAGUACUUCAUGUGGCACAACAGGCUCUGGACUCAGAUGCUACAGAAAGCAGCUCAGAUGAUGAAUGGGAAGAAGACACCCAAGGAAAUAGAUCCAGCUCUGGCUGUCUGGGAUGUGAGUGGAGGUUUCAGAGUGAUAAAGCGAAGCUGGCGAGUCAGUGGACUUGGCUGAAGCUCAGGCUAUCUGAGCUGGAUUUGCAGAUUCAGCAGGUUUCCAAGCUCCAUCAGCACCUUCACAGCAACAAGACGGGCGUUGUUUUGGCUGAGGCUCAGCCUUUGACCGACCUGCAGAUCCAACAGACUCUUCUGACUGAGACGGCCGAUUUAAUGUUAACGGCGCGUCACCCGCACGAUCUCAACUCCGAGCUCGACACGGAGCCCAGCAGCCCCACUCGACUCCUCCGAAACAUCGAGAGACAGAGCGCCCAGCUGAGUCAGAUAGUGAACAGCCUGAUGGCUCCUCUGAGUGACUCGCCCUUACACUGUCCUGUAGCUAAAAGAGACAGCAGGUGCUGGAGAGGAUCAAGAAAAAGGCUCUUUAACAGCACUGAGACAGACGUGUUUCUGCACACCGGCUCCACGUCUACAGCGAAGCCAGGCGAGAAGAAGAGGAGGCGUGUGUGUUGCCGAGGUCAGCUCCCGUCUCAGGUAGACGGCAUUCCUGGGUGUGCACGGACACGCCCUUUGCUGACCUAUCACAAACCCCGCCUCUUCGCAAUGGACCAAUCGGCAGUCACACAGCAGGGAGCAGAUUCCUCAUCCUUCCGGUGCUCGAGCUUUGUUUCUUGUGACCAGACGUGUGUGUGUUCAGGCCCAGAUUACUCCAACAGCACUAACAAGAGUUCAGUGCCCCAGAGCGUCCAUACGGCUUUUUUCAAACAGGACUGGCUCCAACCGUCUCAACCCGGCAGUCUUCUCCCACCCGGACUCAACCCUGCAGGGAAACACACACCCUCCAUAUUCAAUUGCACUCAUAAGCUCCAGGCUGCACAGAUGAACAGCAGAGCAACACCGUCGCAGAAGACACCCGCGCAAACCUGCAGACGGACAGGCAAGAGACGACACCAGCGCCGGGCAGACAUCGACGUGGGUGUGUCUCGGGUCAGCAUGUUUUCUCCAAGUACUGAGGACAGUACAGAUGACAUACUCACACCCCAGUUCACAAGCCUACACCGGAGAAAGUCACGGUUUCCAUCGCGCUGGAGGAACAGUGAAAGUGUCUACAACAUAAACAACAUAGUCGUCCCGAUGUCUCUGGCUGCCCCUGGCUCGGUGGAGAAGCUGCAGUUUAAGGACAUUCCCACACCCAGCUGGAGAAUAGUGGAGCUUUCCUCACUCGUACAGAAGGAGGUGGAGGAGGAUAUCGAUAAGGUGGAGUCGCUAACAGACGAGGUGUUUGUUCAGAGACACCAGAGCUACGAGCACAGAGAGAAGCUCAGCUGGAGCUCCUGGGAAAGGGGCAGGAGAUGCACACACAGAGCCAGGUUGUCCAGCAGUACAGAUGUCUCGUCUGAUUGUGAACCAUCAUCAUGGACGUGCAACACACCAACAAACACACCUCAGCACAACGCACAGGAAAGAGAGCCUCAGUCGCCCUGGGAGAGACGCGCGUUCCCGCUGUCUGACACGGCUCCGGAGACAUUGAGAUGUGACGAAGAUGCACUUAAAGCACUCUGGUCAAACAACAAAGACAGGUCAGACGGCAGGUGUAGGAACACUGUCUCCUCUCUGUGUUAUGAUCACACAUCUCCCCCUGCUGGACGCACACGGAACAACAGGUUCAGAGUGACUUUAACACCGACUCACACAGACCCCUUACAUGUGCAUUACAGAAGCAGGAAGUGACAUCACUCUUAUACCUGCAAAUCCAUAAUUUCUGAAUGAUACUGUUCUUUAAGACAAUUCUCUCUGCUACAGAGUUUUAACCUGGUUUUAUUGUAUUUUUUAUUAACACACAGUUUUACUAAAUGUUUGUAAUGUACUGUAAUGUGUAAUAUUUAUUUUUUUUAUAAAUGUUUUUACGGUAAAUGUUUAAUAGACUUUUUUUCUCGAGCGUCAGGUGUUGGACUUGGAGAAAUAGUUUUUCUCGUUUUGGACAAUAAAUCGACAGAUCUCUUAAAAUUAA